AUGGCGAGCAACAAGUCAUCACUGCCGCUGAUGGCGCUAGCCAUGGCAGCGCUAUUCGUCGUCGGGUCACACGCCGGCAGCAUCUCCAUCUACUGGGGCCAGAACGAGGGCGAAGGCUCGCUUGCCGACACCUGCGCGACGGGCAACUACAAGUUCGUCAAUAUCGCCUUCCUGGCGGCGUUCGGCAACGGGCAGCCGCCGGUGUUCAACCUGGCGGGGCACUGCGACCCGACCAACGGCGGGUGCGCGAGCCAGAGCGCCGACAUCAAGUCGUGCCAGAGCCGCGGCGUCAAGGUGAUGCUCUCCAUCGGCGGCGGCGCCGGCAGCUACUACCUCAACUCCUCCGCCGACGCCCGGAACGUGGCCACGUACCUGUGGGACGCCUUCCUCGGCGGCCGGUCGUCCUCCACCCCGCGCCCGCUCGGCGACGCCGUCCUCGACGGCGUCGACUUCGACAUCGAGGGCGGCACGCCCCUGCACUGGGACGACCUCGCCAGGUACCUGAAAGGGUACAGCAGCAGCUCCGGCAGGAAGGUGUAUCUGACGGCGGCGCCGCAGUGCCCGUUCCCGGACGCCUGGGUCGGCGGCGCCCUCGCCACCGGGCUGUUCGACUACGUCUGGGUGCAGUUCUACAACAACCCGCCAUGCCAGUACAGCUCAGGCAGCACCACUGACCUUGCUGAUGCAUGGAAGCAGUGGCUCACGAUCCCGGCGAAGCGGAUCUUCCUCGGCCUCCCGGCAUCGCCUCAGGCGGCCGGCAGCGGGUUUAUUCCGGCCGAUGUUCUCAAGUCGCAGGUGCUUCCGUUGAUCAAGAGCUCCGGGAAGUAUGGAGGGAUCAUGCUGUGGUCCAAGUACUAUGAUGACCAGGAUGACUACAGCUCUUCGGUUAAGAGCGAUGUUUAG